AUGGAGGAGCCUUGUGGAACGCACCACUCCACAGUGGAAGGGGAAGCAGCAGGCAUCAAUGGUGAGGUGGAAAAUAGCCAGCACCUCAACAAACGAAUGGAUAACAAGGGUUAUAAGGACUCUAAGAAGAAGACAAACCGCUGCACCAUGCGUCGCAAGAGGGUUGGGCUGACAGGUAUCAAGUGUAGCUGUGGCCUGUACUGUGGCAUCCACCGAUAUUCGGACAGGCACGACUGCUCGUUUGACUACCGAGAUCUUGGAGCACAAGAGAUCCGGCGCAACAACCCAGUUGUUACUAAUACAUCUGUACUUGUGUAG